AUGUCCUUAUCUUCAACCAAGACUACAACUAUGAGUACAAAGACCCAAAGUACUUCAUCUCCCACAGAAACAGGCGGUCGCUGGUCGCUUCUCAUUUUUGCCAAGGAGAAAUGCAAAGGUGACUAUUACUAUGUAUCAGGUACCACAACAGGAUGCGUCAAUCUCCAAAGCGACAUGACGACAACCGUAGCAGAUGAUGAAAUUCUUUACUGGAACUACGUAUCCACUGACUUAUCAUGGACAUCCUGUGCCGACGGCCCAUUAACAACCCCUGGAUCUUGGGGUUUCACCGAUGCGGUAUGCAAUGUAUUCACUACUAGUGAUUGUACAGAUCCUGAUAAUACUUCACAAACUUUCACAUCCAUUGGAGAAGGGGAAUGCCAAGCAUAUGGCGAUGAGACAUUUCCUGAGAUUAAAUGGCACUCUGUCCAAUGCAAGGAUAUCAUAGACGCCUACAAUGAAUAG